UCCUGAGCCUGGGGAUUGCUUCUGCUUUGCCGAAAUCAACUGCUCGGAGCUGUGCAUAAUUUAUAACCAUCUCCGGCAAAACCUCAGAACUGAGAUACGCCUUUGUCUCGGGCGGAUGCCAGAGGCCGCCGCGGCAGCCCAGGUGGCACGGUGACUCGGCAGAGGGACAGCCUCCCUGGGGGGGGGUCUCUCCCAAAGGGUAUGACACAGUCAAACAGGGGGGCAGGUGCACAAGCCGAACCCCGGCUCCCCUGAGACGGGGGAGGGAGCUCUUUCGAGGAACACGCGGCCGAUGUUGUGAACGCCACUGACCGACGACGUGGGGCCCAGAAGAGACAGAGAACAUGGCCCAGGAAGUGGACCUGAACUCCCUGCAGGAACGGGAACGGGAGGUCAUCCUGCAGGUCCUCUACCGCGACCAGGCUGUCCGGAACAUUGAGGAGCAGAGGAUCCGGGAACUGAAAACGCACCUGCGGCGUCUCCGGUGGGAAGGGGCGAAGAGCUCAAGCCGGGAGUACAGAGAGAAGUGCUGUGCCCGCUGCCAGCGGCCCCUGGGGCUCCUGCUGAACCAGGGUGCCGUGUGCCAGGGCUGCAGCCACCGCGUGUGCUCCGAGUGCCGCGUGUUCCUGCGGAGGACCCGCGCCUGGAAGUGCACCGUGUGCUUCGAGGACAGAAAUGUGAAAAUAAAAACCGGAGAGUGGUUCUUUGAGGAGCGAGCUAAGAAAUUUCCAGCUGAAGGCAAACACGAGACAGCUGGGGCCAGGCUCCUGCAAUCUUAUCAGAAUCCGAGCAAAAUUUCCGUGGUCCCUCCUACUCCACCGCCUCUCAGUGAAAACCAGUGUGGUGGCAGCCCUGGCAGGUUACAGGAACUUGGUCAGUUUAAAGGAUUUAAUAAGUCCGUGGAAAAUCUGUUUCUGUCUGUUACCACCCGCAUGAGAAAGCUCUCCAAGUCCCAGAACGACGUGACUUCUGAGAAGCACCUCCUGGCCACGGACCCCCGGCAGUGUACCAGCCGCACGGAGAGACGCAGCCAGUCGGACACCGCCGUCAACGUCACCAACAGGAAAGCCAGAGCUCCAGAUGUCCUGAGACCUCUCGGUCAAGAAAACCCCAAAGGCUCCACUAGCCCUGUCUUUAAGCAAGAGGACCUCUCGCCCAGUCCCUCGGCCAGCACUUUGUUCUCUGGAGGCCUGAGACACGAGAGUUUAAGUAGCAUUAAUAGCACAUGUACAGAGCUGGGUAAUUUUGACAAUGCCAAUGUCACCGGAGAAAUAGAAUUUGCCAUUCGUUAUUGCUCCAACACCCAUUCUUUAGAAAUACACAUCAAGGCCUGUAAGAACCUUGCCUACGGAGAUGAAAAGAAGAAAAAGUGUAAUCCGUAUGUGAAGACCUACCUGCUGCCUGACAGAUCCUCCCAGGGAAAACGCAAGACCGGGGUCCAGAAGAACACGCUGCACCCCACCUUCCAGGAGACCUUGAAGUACCAGGUGGACCCUGCCCAGCUGGCGACGCGGCGGCUGCAGGUCUCCGUGUGGCACCUGGGCACGCUGGCCCGGAGGGCGUUUCUCGGAGAAGUGGUCAUUCCUCUGGCCACGUGGGACUUCGAGGACGGCGCAGCGAGGUCUUCCCACUGGUACCCGCUCCGGGCCAAGGCAGAAAGAUCUGAAGACGUCUGUCCUCAGAAUAAUGGAGAACUUGCAGUCCGGGCCAAACUGGUCCUGCCUGCAGGGCCCAGAGCCCCCCAGGGGGCUCCAGACGGGACAGAUCAGAUGUCACUCAAUGGCCAGCUCUGUCUGGUGGUGCUGGGAGCCAGGCAUCUACCCGUGCGGUCAGACGGCACCCUGAACGCCUUUGUCAAAGGCUGCCUCACUCUGCCGGGCCGGCAGAGGCUGAGGCUGAAGUCCCCGGUCCUGAGGCAGCAGGCCUGUCCCCAGUGGAAACACUCCUUCGUGUUCAGGGGCGUGACUGCGUCCCAGCUGAGGCAGUCAAGCUUGGAGCUGACCGUCUGGGACCACGGCGUCUUUGGCAUGAGUGACCGCUUGCUGGGAGGAGCCAAGCUUGGUCCAAAGGCAGAAGUGGCCGGUGGCGUGGACCCGUGUGCACAGUCCAAGCUCCAAUGGCAGAGGGUUCUGUCCAGCCCCAACUUGUGGACAGACAUGACGCUCGUCCUGCACUGAAGCGAGGGCUUCUGGCCCCAGGCUGCACCGGGUGUAACAAGGCCCCGUGUGCCCUUGGAGGAGGGCAGUGCACAGGCACCGUGGGACGUGAUCCAACCGUGUGUCCUGUGGCUCAGACGUCCCUGACCACCUCUCUGUGUUACGCAGUUAUCACCGAGUCUGCAUUAGCCAGUCUAGGACUGGCUGGGACCUGUUUGUGAGAGGUGGGAAAUGGCUGGAUGUCAAUGACAGUCGCUGUGACAAGGGUUGGGACAGGAUGUCUCGCAUGGCGCUCCCCUCGCCCCCACACGCAAGUAAAAGCCCACUGCCACGAUGCCUGGUACAGCCUUUAUU